CUUUUUUUUUUUUUUUUUUUUGUCUUUGCUCAUUAUUGACAAUCUCCACUUAAUAGAUGAGAAAAUUAUUGACCCUCCUGAUUAUUAAAAAGCCUCAGCCAAGGCCAAAUAGAUAGAAAAGGUGGAAUUUGAAUUCACAACAAAAUCUGUUGGGAUGAUGUGAGUCAGAAGCCACUCCUUUUACUACUCCACUCUGCCUUCCCUCAGAUCCCACCCCCAACCACAAGUCCUUUCUCUUAUCACUGGGUGUCUAAAUCCUACUUGUUAUUUAAGAUUCACUUCAAAUGAAACUUGUCCAUGAAAAAUGUCAUCCCUUAGUUCUCAGAGCCCUUUAUGCACACAUUCAUGGCAGUUGUCACUCUCUACCCAGUACUGCAGUUAUGUAUGUACUUUCCCUAGAUCCCUUUAGUUCCUUGAAGUCAAAAUCUAUGCAUGAUUUAUCUAUUUGUCUUACAAAUAUCAUCUCACCCAGCCCAGUGCCAUGGAUAUAGUAGUCAUUCAAUAUUUUGUGAAUGAAUGCAACUGAAUCCAUGAAAGUGACAGAAUAAACCUAGAGAGAGAAUCAAUGAACUGAUCACCAUUCUCUGCCAAUGACCAGCAAUAAAUUUUGGUUGAGUUAGUGAAACAGCAAGGAAAAAAAGAUAGAAAGGGGAGGGAAAAACAAGCUUUCAGAUAUUCUCUCUUCUAAAAUAAACUUCUAGAAGAAGAAAGAUAAGUACAUUUAAAAACCCAAAAACAUGGCAUGAAGGAAAAGUAAUAGUGGAGCUCUUGGCCUCUCGUUUCCUUCUCCUUUCUCACCCUAACCUACUUUAAUGCAUAUUAAGAAUGAAUAAAGAUAUCAGAAAAACCACCUUACAGUAUCCAUCUCCCACAUUCUUUAGGAUUUGGAGGAAGGACUUUUGGGUGAGAGAUUUGAAGACCCGAAGGGAGUGGACUUUCCUGUAAAGACUAAGUGGGAGCCAUGAGUACGGACCCCAGAGGAAAGGCAACAUGUUUGAUGACUUAGAGUUACUUUCUAGUAUACACCAUAAACUAAAGCAGAAGAUGGGUUUCUAUAUUAAGUGGCCCCGUUUAUCAGAGAGGCUGCAGUUCCAUCUCUCAGCCCAGAUGUAACAGGAAACCAAUGUUUCAAAAGAAAAGUUGAUUGCAUUGCUAGAUAAUACAGGUAUCCUAAACAAGUGCGUGAGCGCCCAGAGGCUUUCUGCUGCUGCCAGAAGUACAUAUUUUUUUGAUUGGUAAGAACUGCCAGAUGACGCCUCAUGAAAUAUAAAUGCCACAAAGACUCAGAGCUCAAUAAAAACCUUCCACUCGUCAGUCUAGAAGGAUAAGAGAAGGAAAGUUAAGCAACUACAGGAAAUGGCUUUGGAAGUUCCAAUAUCAGUCUAUCUUUUAUUCAACGCAAUGACAGCACUGACUGAAGAGGCAGCCGUGACUGUAACACCUCCAAUCACAGCCCAGCAAGGUAACUGGACAGUUAACAAAACAGAAGCUGACAACGUAGAAGGACCCAUAGCCUUGAAGUUCUCACACCUUUGCCUGGAAGAUCAUAACAGUUACUGCAUCAAUGGUGCUUGUGCAUUCCACCAUGAACUAGAGAAAGCCAUCUGCAGGUGUUUUACUGGUUAUACUGGAGAAAGGUGUGAGCACUUGACUUUAACUUCAUAUGCUGUGGAUUCUUAUGAAAAAUACAUUGCAAUUGGGAUUGGUGUUGGAUUACUAUUAAGUGGUUUUCUUGUUAUUUUUUACUGCUAUAUAAGAAAAAGGUGUCUAAAAUUGAAAUCACCUUACAAUGUCUGUUGUGGAGAAAGACGACCGCUGUGAGGCCUUUGUGAAGAAUUUUCAUCAAGGCAUCUGUAGAGAUCAGUGAGCUCAAAAUUAAAGUUUUCACAUGAAACAACAAAACUUGUCAAGCUGACUAGACUCGAAAAUAACGAAAGUUGGGAUCACAAUGAAAUGAGAAGAUAAAUUUCAGCGUUGGCCUUUAGACUUUGCCAUCCUUAAGGAGUGAUGGAAGCCAAGCGAACAAGCUGCGGUGACAGAAGUCAAGUUCGUUGUUUCACUCUGGGUUUUUUGUUGUUGUGUGGUUAUUAUUCUCACUACAGAAAGACUGAGUUUCAUGUCCCUGGCUGUGUCAGAUGUGAAUUUUCAUGGGAAUAAUAAUCAACUUUGCAGCAAGCCAAAGCAAUGCCUUGCUUGGGUUCUUCAUGUUCUUACUACCCAGCAUUUUUUACCACCUAGAUGGACCUAAUUCUAUUUGCUCAAUGAACCUUAUCCCAAACUUGUUGUUUUCAUGGUGUCUAAAAGAAUGUGAUGUCAGCUUUUAGAAUGAAAUCAGUGUUAAGGUACCUCCAGUGAACCAAACAUGUGUCUUAAAUCUAAGCCACUGAAAACAGAAUGGAAAUUCCAAGGCAAAUACAAAUCAUACACAGCUUGUAACAACAUACAGCCUUUAUAUGUAAAAUAUGGAAUAAACUAGAGUUUCUGAAGACUGAAGCUAUCUGGAUAUCAAGUCUGAAGUAGGCAAAGCAUUUCCAUUUCUACAUGGGUUAUAAAAGUUUGUGUUGGACUCACUGGUCCCUAAUGCUUUUGUUCAUCACUUCCUCCAGUUAUCAGUGGAAUUACCCGGUGACCAUUCAUUUGGACCGAGAUCCUAGAACUCUCCUACUGAAUAAAAGUCUACAAUUGGCCCUAAAAUAGAAACUGAAAACAGGAUAUAGAAUUAUUUCACCAGACUACAGCAUGUGGAAACUUUCUUUAUCAUUUUUGAACACUUGUUAACAGAUUUGCACAUAAGAGGGAGAGGGAAAAAAAAUGGAGUAACAGUCAAAAUAAUAAGAAUCAGUAUCCAGGCCAAGCGCAGUGGUUCACGCCUGUAAUCCCAGCACUUUCGAAGGCCGAGGCGGAUGGAUCACCUGAGGUCAAGAGUUUGAGACCAGCCUGGCCAACAUGGAAUGACUCUGAGUUGGACUAGAUCUCUUCGUGCUUACCCAAGCUAUCUUACAUAUCAGCAUGACUGAGAAUUCAACAAGGAGAUAAAGAGGAACAAUGGGUCUCUGGUUUUACUGUAUAAAUCUAUCAGCCAGUUGAAUUCUUAGAUGUCUGUUUUAAAUAUGGGAGAGGCUGCAAAGAGACGGUAAGUUCACAGAUAGAGGUUGAAUAG